GGUUUCUCUGUGUAGUUUUGCGCCUGUCCUGGAACUCACUUUGUAGACCAGGCUGGCCUCGAACUCACAGAGAUCCGCAUGGCCAUGCCUCCCAAGUGCUGGGACUAAAGGCGUGCGCCACCACUGCCCGGCCUGUUUACUUUUCUAUAUGAGCCCCCAAACGAAGCAGAAGUCUCUAAGACAUGAAUCUCGGAGAAAGUAGAUUAAACCUGCUCUUUUUGAAUCUGGCCAAACUGACAAGCUCACCUCUGUUUCUAGGUGAAAGGGGAAAGGAUGGACACCAGGAGCUACUCCAGCCCUCCAGACAGGCUCUCCGUCUUCUCCGAGUCUGCCCACUUGCCACUGUCCAGGCCCUUCUACCUGGACCCCAUGGUCACUGUCCACCUGUGCCCUGAGGCCCCGGUGCCAAACCCUUACGCGGACGAGCUGCCUCUGCUGCCCUUUUCCAGCGAUACUCUGAUCAUGGACAAUUAUGGGGACCCGUACCCCUUCCCCUUCCCCAUGCCUUACCCCAGCUACAGGCGCUGUGACUAUGCCUAUGGGCCGGCCUUCAUCCGCAAGAGGAAUGAGCGAGAGAGGCAGCGAGUCAAGUGUGUGAACGAAGGCUACGCCCGGCUACGGCGGCACCUGCCCGAGGACUACCUGGAGAAGCGACUCAGCAAAGUGGAGACCCUGAGAGCGGCCAUCAAAUACAUCACCUACCUGCAAUCUCUCUUGUACCCGGAUGAGACUGAGGCCGAGAGGAACCCUCGAACCACCAGCUGUGGCCCCCUAGACCCACCUCUGAGAGUCAUUUGAGCUGGCGCUUUCCAAAAUGGGGUCUCCUGAAGCAGCAUCCAGGAGAUUCUCAUACAUGCACGUGGUUUGGGGCAGGGGACAAUAGUCCUACCACCGACCUUCAUUGAAUGUUGCUUACCUGGGUUUCAGAUGUACUAAAGUAUCUCAGGCAGACUGAGAAUCGCAUGCUGGCCUCACUGCUUUAAGAACUCAGAGGGUACAGAGUUCCCAGGGUUCUCUGCACCUCCAACCCCACCCUUCUAACAGCCUUGGCCAAAGGCCCUCUGAAGAGUGACGGCUCAGUGAUUGUGUCACACUUGGUAAAUAUUUGUUGAUGCUAUUCUCCUGUCCCAAUCCCGUCACCUGUGUCAGGACCACCAUUGACUUUCAUCCCGGAUUCUGCUCUCAACGGGCUCUACCCUCAUUCUGAAGUCGUUUCUUUAUCCUUUUGUGCAUCCUGUAAGUCAGUGUGUACAUACGUGUGAAGUUAUUAAAAUAUCAUUGCUCAAACCGA